GCAUUUUUCAGAAGUACGCAAGUGAGAGCGUUUAAGCUUUAACGUGAUUCAAGUGGCUAAUCGCUAGAGGAAUUAACAAAAGGAGUUUAUACUACAAACAAACUUUAAGAUAAACCUAUCUAAUUAAUAAACAUUGGAUACAUCUUCGUAUUUUAUUUCGUAUCUAACUUUGCAUAUACUUUUAUAAAUAGUAUAUGCCUACUAUUGAUGAAAACUUUAUAUACAAUUAAAUUUCAUAGAUAAUUCCUUUAUCUUUAUACAAAUAGAAGUUUAUGAUUAACUGGUGACAAACUUUUUACGCUGGAAGAAAGAGAACUUAUGGUGGAAUAUAACAAUAAAGGAAUAAUAAUAAGGAAUAUCACUAUUUAUGGAUCAUAAAACGUUUUCUGUCUCUCUGCAAACUUGACAACGACAAACCUCAAAUACUUUUAAAAUAUAAAUAUAUGUAAAUAUAUAUAUAUACUGUAAAAAAAAAAAUAUAUAUAUAUAUAUAUAAACUAUACUUUACUGUGUAUAUACAAUUCAUGUAUAUAUAUAGUCAUUUAUGGUCAUUUAAUAAUUAUGCUAAAUUCAACACCACCAACACCUUUUCAUCAAAACGGAACAGAAAAGGUCGAAAUAGGAAAUCGUCUAUGGCGUUACAUGGCACCAGUUAUUUUUUUUACUGGCCUAAUAGGAAACGCCAUUAUAUUAUUAGUGAUGAGAAGGAAAAGGAUGGGUCAUACGUCAACGAGUCUUUACUUAAGAUUCAUUGCCACUGCCGAUUUAUUAGUUCUUGUCUUUGGAAUGAUACCAGAAUGGUUGGAAGCUAGUGAUAUUGUAAUUUUCAAAACUCUGCAUCCGGCAACUUGUAAGAUAGAAAAAUUCGCUCAUUACAGCGUUAACGAUACGGCAACGUGGUUCCUCGUAGCGUUCAGUUUCGAUCGGUUUAUCGCCGUCAAGUUCCCAUUACAUAAAAAGGUAUUUGGUACUGCCAGACGCAUAAAGAGUAUUUGUACGGCUAUAGUUCUCCUCUCUAUGGCCAAGAAUAUUGAGGUAUUUUGGACUAGAGGGUUUGAAAGAGUGAACGAGGAUUAUCGUUGCGGCAGCCCUACACAAAAGAUACUCAAUUAUAACAAAAACGUACGGCCGUAUCUGGUAUUUACUCUAGCCGUCGCAGUCCCGUUACUCGUUAUCAGCAGCUGCAAUCUGGCUAUCAUUUGGACGCUUUAUAGGCAGAAAACACCAACAACCGCAAAUGUCGGUAAAAGUCAGUCCCGCACAAGGAUAAUGACGCAAAUGACACUUAUGUGUGUCAGCGUUUCAUUUGCCUUUAUUAUCUGUAUAACGCCGACGUUCGUCAUGUACAUUGGCAAACAGUACUGGAGAGAUAGAGAUUGGUAUGAUGUUGCGAAGGCAGUCUCCAAUCAACUCCUAUAUGUUAAUAACUCUAUUAACUUCUUUCUAUACUUUGCUACUGGUACAAAAUUCAGGAUCGAAGUCUUCGUUUUAUUCGGCGGUCGCCGACAAAUUCCUGUAGUCUGUCGAACUUCAGUUCCAACAGAGACAAGCGUUCAAAUGCGUACGUCGCGACAGUCUAGUAGUCCGAGAACUGGACUAUUGAAUGGUGGAUCAAGAAAAUUGUCGCAGCAUUUUUUAUGAAUAAAAGAAAAAAGAUAAAGAAAGUUUAAAACUUUAAAUAAAAGGAAAUCAACUUUGAAAAAAGAAAAUGAAAAAAAAAUGGAAAUGAUUGAAACAGAUAAAUAUCUACAUGAUAAAUUUAGUAUAUAUAUUCUGUACAGUACGUAUAUAACAGCUCGUGAAUAAUUGCUUGAAAGGACGGCGUCUAUAAUUCACUGUUUGUCCUUGCGUGCGUGUGUAAAUUUCUUUUCUUCCCUCAUUAUGAUAUUCUAUACUGCAUAUCCUCACUUUCACAUAUAGGUAUUCUUCUUUACAAAAUGUACCAAGUAAAUAUUUAAAUAUACAAUAUACAGUAUUCCGUAUUUAUUCUUAAUCUCUUAUAUUUUCCUUCCUUUCUAGACGCAUUUUUCUCUACUUAUAUACAUAUUUAGUAGCUGUCUAGUUCCUAAAUAACAGCUUUAAACAGUUAUCAACUCGAUGUUGAAUAAUUAUUAUGCAAUUGAAGAAUAUCUUUGGAGUUUGUAGUCGUUUUUGAAAGGCUUAUCGAUUAAAUAUUGAUUCAAGACGUAAUACAGCGUUAAAAGCCAAUACGAUCCUUUCUACUUUUACACUUUUCCCCAACUACUUCUUUCUGCAUUAAGCCGG